AUGAGCAUCUCACAAAGAGAGACGUGAUGCCAUUUAAUCUCAACUUGGGAAAAGUCCAUUCAAGCUUCCGCGAAAAUACCUACGCCGUGGCUGUAGCACUGCACUUCCGCCAUGCACCACUCAAUCGCCAUUGCCAAGCUCGCCUUGCUCCUCGCCACUGCAGCCGUGUCCUGCGGCUUCUUCGUCGUCGCACAUGCACAUGCGCAGAAGAGCUGCUGGCCACGCGAGAGGGACGCGUUGCUGGCCUUGAAGCAGGGCAUCAACGACACCGAUGGCGUCCUCGCCUCGUGGCAAAAACUGCGCCAUGACUGCUGCCGCUGGACGGGCGUCGCCUGCAGCAACGAAACCGGCCAUGUCACCGAGCUUGACAUCGGUCUCAGCUGGUUGUUCGGCCAGAUAAGUCCUUCCUUGCUUUCUCUCCAGCAUCUCGAGUACCUGGAUCUCAGCACCACCUCCCUACUUGGACCAAACGGCAGCAGUGUAUUCCCAGAUUUCUUGUCUUCUUUGCACAACUUGAGACAUCUCGAUCUCGCCGGCACGCCAUACUCUGGUAGAGUUCCUGCUCGGCUUUCCAACCUUUCGAAUUUGGAGUAUCUCGAUCUUAGUGGGACAUCCCUGCAUGGUCAUGCUCCAGAGUUCUUGUUUUCUUACAAAAACUUGAGGCAUCUCGAUCUCUCCCUCACGCCAUACUCUAGUAGAGUUCCUGCUCGGCUUUCCAACCUUUCAAAUUUGGAGUAUCUCGAUCUCAGUUCGACAUCCCUGCAUGGUCGUGCUCAGUUCCUGUUUUCUUACAAAAACUUGAUACGUCUCGAUCUCUCCAACACGCUCUUUUCCGGUACACUGCCGCCUCAGCUAGGCAAACUUUCAAAGUUGGAGUAUCUCGAUCUCACCAGCACGCUCUUUUCCGGUACACUGCCGCCUCAGCUAGGCAAUCUUUCAAACUUGCGACACCUUGACCUCAGUUAUAUGCAAAAUAUACACACAGCAGAUGUCUCAUGGUUAACUCAUCUGCAUUCCCUGGAAUAUCUUGACAUGAGUGACAUAAAUCUCAGCACCGCCGACGUGUUCCCUGUGGCCAACACAAUCCCAACUCUCAAGGACCUCAUUCUUAGUAACUGCUCGCUUCCAAAUGCAAACCAGUCGCUAAAACACCUAAACCUCACAAGCCUUGAGCGGCUUGAUCUCAACAGAAACGAUCUGGGCCAUCGAAUUGAUACGAGUUGGUUUUGGAACAUAACAGGCAUCACACAUUUAGACCUUGAUGAAACCUAUCUCUAUGGUCCAUUCCCUGACGCCCUAGGAGGUAUGACAUCCCUCCAAUUCCUAUCCUUUGCCAAUAACGGCAAUUCAGCCACAAUGAUGGUGGACUUGAAAAAUCUCUGUGAUUUAGAGCUCCUGCGGCUUGAUGGAAGUCUCGCGUUUGGGAACAUAACAGAGUUUUUAAGGAAACUGCCACAAUGCUCGUCCAACAAAUUCCUCUCCGUGUAUUCGAACCACAACAAUAUGACAGGAAUGCUGCCAGAUAUGGUUGGGCACUUGACCAGCUUAGAUGAACUUUCCCUUUCUAACAACAGCAUUACUGGAGCUAUACCAUCGGGGUUAAGGAAUCUUACUAGUUUGUAUGGCCUCGAUCUCACUUUGAACCAGCUAACUGGCCAGAUACCAAUGUUACCGAGAAGCCUCACUCGAUUGGCCAUCUCCAUGAACUCCUUGUCAGGACCUUUGCCGUUAGAUUUCGGAGCUCCAGAUCUUACAGACCUAAGUCUCUUCUCCAAUUGCCUUACUGGUCAUGUUCCUAGGGCUAUUUGUGAAUUGAAAAGCCUUAGUUUGUUGGAUCUAUCCAAUAAUUUCUUUGAGGGAGAAUUUCCAUGGUGUUCUGCGAUGCCAAGCAUGGAAUUUCUGAUCUUAAGUAACAAUAACUUGUCUGGAAAUUUUCCAUCUUGGAUUCAGAACAGCUCACAAUUAGUUUUCCUUGAUCUUGCGGUGAACAAGUUCUAUGGAACGUUACCCAUGUGGAUUGGAGAAUUGGUGAACUUGAAAUUUUUGCUGCUAAACCAUAACAUGUUUUAUGGGGAUAUUCCAGCCAACAUCACAAAUCUUAUACUACUUCAGUACUUCAGUUUAGCAAGCAACAAUAUCUCAGGAUCAAUUCCAUCGUCCUUGUCAAAAUUAAUAGCAAUGACACUAGAACAUCCACAGCGUUGGACUCGCUGGUAUGUUCAAGAGGUCAUAAACAAGGACAUUUUGUCUGUGGUGAUGAAGCGGCAAAAUAUGAAGUAUGACAUACAUAGAGUUAACGAGAUGUACGGCAUUGACAUUUCACUCAACCACUUAACAGGUGGAAUUCCAGAUGAGAUAACUUCUCUUAAUGGAUUGUUUACUUUGAAUUUAUCAUGGAAUCACCUGAGUGGAAAAAUUCCUAGGAACAUUGGGGAUAUGAAAUCACUAGAAUCACUCGACUCAUCAAGGAACAACCUUUCCGGUGAAAUCCCAACAAGCUUGUCAGAUUUGACGUAUCUAAGCUCCUUGGACUUGUCAUACAACAAUCUUGUAGGAAGAAUUCCGACAGGACGUCAACUUGAUACCCUCUACGCCGAGAACCCAUCCAUGUACAGCGGCAAUAAUGGUCUUUGUGGGCCUCCUCUUAAAGAGAAUUGCCCAGGCAACAAUGCUCUAGAGCAUGGUAAUCAGCAGAGAAGAGAAAAUGGUUAUGAUCCAGUGGCGUUCUUCUACUUUGGGCUGACGGCUGGCUUUGUGGUGGGACUCUGGGUUGUCUUUUGUGCUCUUCUGUUCAAAAGAGCAUGGAGGAAUGCUUAUUUCCGCCUCUUUGACAAGCUACAUGACAAUGUGUACGUGUUUGUUGUUGUUACUUGGGGCAUGAUAACCAGUAAGACAACUACACGUUAAGGCCAAUCUGAUGCUGGUGUCAUUCUACUGUUGAACUGUAUGAAUAAAUAAGAGUGAGGAAGUAUUUAGUAGCUUGUACAAGAAUGUGUUUUGUUGAAGAUUAUAAGCUUGUAAUAUGUCUUAGAAGUAGCGAAUAUUUUGUUAGGAUCAUGUACACCGAUCUGAUUGAUAAAGAUUCGGUUAGAUCUCUCUCUUUCUUGAUCCUCAAAUAUGUAAUCCUACCAACCUUGUAUUCUUGGCCUACAUGGCUUUGCCCCUAUAUUAACAUGAAAGCGUGCCGAUACAAAGGCAUAAGCUUUCCCCCGCAAAAAAAAAGAUGGUUCAUUUAGGAGAUGGUGCAGAUGGUCCGUGAACACCCAUGGCUGAGACGCGCUCCCGGAGUUGAUGCCGACAAACUUGAGUUAUAGCAUGCUGGCCGUAAUGCAGAAAGAUGGUUUAAGCCAGUACACAUCGUUGGGUGCCUCUCAAGUGGAAGAUGAUCUGCUCAAUGGCCGGAGGGCGGAAAAGUCACAUCUCCCUCUUGACGGUGUUUUGGUGUCGCUCUCCUUCGUGAAGGCGUUGUCUUGUUUGUUCGCGGCGUCCUCGGAGCUGUUUUUGGAUAUGUCGGUCGUCUAGUUAUUGGUUGGCUUGUUUCUUCGGUCGGGGAGUUUAGCUGUGUUUUAUGUUUGGGUCGAGUAUCUCAUGUCUCUGUUUCGUGCACCAUGUUCACGCCUUUUGCGUCCGUGCUAUGUGUUGUACUAUCUGAUGUACUCAUUCUAACUCCUUCUAUCAAUGAAAUGAUAGGCAUUUUUUGUGUAUUUGCGAACCUUUUCUUACAAGUUGUGACCAAAUAUAACAUUAAUGUUAAGCAUUUUGAAACACUCAUGCAUCAACUUGACCUUUCACAGUCUUGUCGUACAACGAACUCAUUCGAUCCAACUAAAACCUGGCGUAGUUGAGGGCUCCCUCGCCGGUGGGAAACACAUAGUUGCCGGCAGAAGCAGAAAUUUGGCAGAUGAGUGUUUCUGGUUUUUUUUUUCUUGAGAAGUAGGUUCAAACAGAAGAUCAAAAAAUGACCGUUCUUCACCAGAGGGCGGUUGGGUAGUAGGAGGGAGAGGUCCGUCUCGAAUGACGUUUUUUUUUACAUCCUUCAAAUGGACCCAAAUUUUUUCUGUUGCCUAGUAUCAACAUGAGAAACAUGCAUGCCAACUUUCGUACCAUUCGGACAUUGUAUGGAUUUUUUAGGGUUUUCACGACGAUAAAACCCUAAAAUACGGACCGGACAUGACGCACUGUGUGUUCGUUGUUGGAAUUCAUUCAAAUAUUGCGUGGAGUACUAGGGAAAAAUUUGGUGUCAUUCUGAAGACAAUAAAACAUAGCAGAACAUUUUAAAAAACGAGGAUACAACUUAUACUUUUUGCCAGAAAAUAUCAUAAGUCAAAAUAACUCUGCGCACUAACUUUUUAAUUUGUUAGCACCAGCCUUUUAGUUUAAAAAAAAUAUAAAUUACUCAAAUAUUUUUUUAACAAAUUAUA